AGCUGCAGGUGGAUCACAUGUGACGGUGACCUGCGGGAGUGUGCGGCUCGGCCACGCGCUUCUGCUCUCCCUCUGCCUGCAUGGAGUGUGUGCGGUGACGCUCUCAACACUCAGGAGGAGGAAAGUUAGUGCAACUUUCAAGGUGCCCGUGUUUCCACACAUUGUGUUUUGAAGUCCAUUCUGUUCUGCAGACGUAGAUGUAAGAACAACAAAAAGAAGAGAGAAGAAAAAGGAGGCGUGCAUUUCCUGCCUGUUGAAGCUGUGAGAUCUGCCAGAGAGAGAGAGAAAGACAGAGAGAGCGAGGUGAAGGAGGCAGCAGGAUGAAGUCCAAAGGGAAGGCUGUAAAACGAUCCAGCAGGACCUGGUCUGACCCGGAGCCAGAACUAGAGCCGGACACAGAACCAGAACCCGGCUCCAGCGAGCAGGAGGGCUCAGAGGCAUCAGUGCGGAUCAACGGCUCCUGGAGGGGGUCGCUGAGGAGUGGGGGCAGGAACCGCCAGGGAGGAGCUGGCAAAGGGCGGCGGCGGAGGCAGCACUCCUCCAGCACCAAAGAACGCAGCCUCCGCCGCCUGGAGAGCAACGAGCGGGAGCGCCAGCGCAUGCACAAACUCAACAACGCCUUCCAAGCGCUGCAAGAGGCCAUCCCCCACGUCAAGACCGACAAGAAGCUGUCCAAGAUCGAGACACUGACCCUGGCAAAGAAUUACAUCAAAGCUCUCACCACCAUCGUCGUGGACAUGUCAGGGGCCUGCCUGCCCACUGGUGGGGUCCCAUCAGAGGCCAGCACCGCUAAGCUGCUCCAGUGCUACCAGCAGCAUUUGGAGGAGGACGGGGAGGAUGAUCUCACCCAGUACCUCACCCACAUGCACAGCUUCAGCCAACGCAGCUAACAGUUACUGAGAGUGGGUGGGAGGCCAGGUGGGGCAAGCAAGAGGGCAACGCUGCUCUGAGAUCUGCUCAGAAACAAUGUGUUCUAAAGGAAGAGGAGCUGUUCCACAUCAUAGACAUGCCACAGCAAACUCACAACAGGAAGUGAUCUGUCUAGAAGUUGCAAAACAUGGAAACUCUUGAGGACCAUUCACCUGGCAGACACAAAGGCUGACCAGAUGGACCAUACAGACUCAUUUCUUAUUGUGCUCAGAAAGGAAGGGCUAACCUUACACCAUUCUGUCUUUUUUUAAAUUACUCACUCUCUAUGGUUUGAGCUGAGGCAGGGACCUGUUCUCUUUUUGUGUUAUCUUGUGAUCUUUUUGUGUUUUCUGUUGAGAAAGCUGCUGAGUGUAGCCUCAGGUCAUAACUGUCACGUCCAGGCAGAAGAGAAAUGCAAGCAGCAGCUCCUAAAUAUUGAAAUACUGAAGCGAGAAGGAAAAAAAAAGCUGUUUGUUCAUUUGCUCACGAUGACGACCUACCACAAAUUUGAGAACUCGAUGUACUCGUCUUGCGGGUUGUAGCGUCGCUUUGAGGCAGAGAUGAUGUUUUCAGUGUAUAUUUGACUUUCUGUGUGUCGAGGCAGGACUUUGUGGUGAAAAAAUGCAGGAGAGGAGAAGAUAUUUGACAAGUUCAAUAAACACAUUUAUUUAUU